AUGUGGCGUGUCCGCGUGGCGGCGUGCGCGUCGUCGUGCGGAGCCACUCUCGCCGCUGCAGCAGCUCCUCUCCUCGUUGGAUCCUAUCCCUUCGCCCCGCUCGAUCAGAGUGAAUUACGGCGAGUUUGGCGGUUCGCGGGAGAAAGGAGGAGCGGGUUGAUGGCGCGGGUGGUUUCGGGGUGCACGAGCAUUCUGCAUACUAUUCGGGGCACGGGCGAUGCGAAAGUGGUACCAGAGGCGGGGAGCUACAGCGAGGCCAUAGCGUUGUGUGCCAAGGAGCGCCACAUGCAGGAGGCACUGCAGCUGGUGGCGGACAUGCGCAGGGCGCGCAUGGUGCUGUCCUCCUGGGCGGUGUCGGAGCGGCUCGCCACGUGCCUGCAUACACGGCGCUUUCGGGUGUAUUUGCACUCCACCCCAUGCACCCACCCCAUGCAGCUGAUGAGCGUCGCUGCUCACACCAGGUUAGCGUCAAGCAACAUUAAGGCUGCGACUCACUCCCGUCCACGCCUCGGCCCUCCUCGCUGCAAGCGACUGCUCCCCUGCCCGUUUUUACACGAUCCUAUCCGCUUGUUCCUGUUCCAUCUCGGCAUAGCAGUUAUCUUGUUCUGCGACUCUUCAUUGCGUUCCUCCGUAAUCAUGGCGCCGGCACUCCGAGGCGCGGCAGCGCUCUGCUGUCUGCUCUUCGUCCUCGUCACCAGUCCCGUUCGUGCCCUACCCACGAUGGCCGCUUUGCGCGGUGACAUCGCGCGCGGCUCUACUAUCGAAUCGGCUUCUUUCGAGGAAAAAUUGGAUGGACUUGGCGCGUUUGACGCAUCCCCGAGGCUCGUUGAGAAGCCACUCGACCUCGGAUUGGACGCGUACAAGCGGCCGGAGGGAGACCUUCUUCGCGUGAACCGCGCGAAUCUUGGCGGAAACGUUGGCGAAGGCGAGCCGGACAUUCGCCACACGGCUGGUUAUUUUCGCCUGAACCGAACUCACGACGCUAGGCUGUUCUACUUCUACUUCGAGUCGCGCGGCGACAAGGACACGGCGCCGCUGGUGCUGUGGAUGACGGGCGGCCCGGGGUGCAGCAGCGAGAUCGCGCUAUUCUUCGAGAACGGGCCCUUCACCAUCAACAAGGACAACGCGUCGCUCUCGUGGAACCCCUACGGCUGGGACAUGGUAUCCAACAUAAUCUACGUGGACCAGCCAGUCAACACGGGCUUCAGCUACAGCAGCGACCCGCGGGACAUGCGGCACACGGAGAACGGCGUCAGCCAGGACAUGUACGAGUUCCUGCAGGAGUUCUUCCUGGCGCAUCCGGAGCUGCAGGGGCGCGAGUUCUACAUAACAGGGGAGUCGUAUGGGGGGCACUAUAUCCCGGCUGUAGCGGACAGAGUGGUCAUCGGCAACAGGCGCAAGGAGGGGUUACCCAUCAACCUCAAGGGAGUGGCGAUAGGCAACGGCAUGACGCAUCCCGAGGUGCAGUUCCCCAGCUACCCCGUCUUUGCGCACUCGCGCGGGCUGCUCUCAGAUGCCCAGCUGCACCACUUCCAGCUCUUCAGCAAGCCCUGCCACUUCGCCGCGCACUCCUGCGGAGAGUCGGGUCGGAUCAGCUGUGGGGCAGCGUUCAUCAUAUGCGAGCAGUUCUGGGGUUCUGUCUAUGCUGCCACGGGCUCAGGCACUCUCAACCCCUACGAUGUGCGCAUAGAGUGCGGAGACGACCCUCUCUGCUACGACAUGUCAGCUGCAGACAAGUUCCUCGCGCUGCCCUGGGUGCGCCAGGCGCUCGGCGUGGGGGACCGCAAGUGGGAGAGCUGCAGCAGCCGCGUGUACCACGCCAUGCUCUUUGACUUCAUGCGGGACCUCGCCCCUAAAGUGCCGCACUUGCUGGCGGCCGAUGUGCGCGUGUUGGUGUACGCGGGAGAUGCGGAUUACAUUUGCAACUGGAUCGGCAACUCGUGGUGGGUGAAUGCCAUGAAGUGGCCCGGCAUGGACCGCUAUGCCAAGGCUCCCUGGCGUCCCUUCGUUGUCAACGGCCAGACCGCAGGAUCGGCCAGAAUUGCCGAGCCGCUAUCCUUCCUGCGCGUGCAUGAGGCGGGGCACAUGGUCCCCAUGGAUCAGCCCGAGGCAGCUCUCGAGAUGCUCCGCCGCUUCAUCCUCAACUUGCCGCUCCUCGACGGCUCGGAUAUCACGUCUGGGCGGAACGUCGAUCUGGACGGUCCAGAACGCGAUGAAGCGAUUGGUGUGGAGAUGAUCGGCUCUGGUGCUGCUGCUGAUGGUACAGCUGUUGUUGAUCCUGUGGUUGGAGCAGCUGGGGAUGUGCUGACGGCAGUGGAAUAG